AGCGCGAAUAUAAAAGCUGAUUUGUUUUAAUUUUCGAAGUAGUUUCAUAUUAUUUUUUAAAAGUACAGGUGCUACUGAAGAUCUAAAUAAAUACGUACCUUACAUAUUCAGAGAGGCAGAUCAAUGUACUUAGCCUUUCGAUAACAAAAUUACAAACUAUGGCUUGCAACUGUUCAACCCCUUUCUACGGUCUCCCGCUUCAAAACGGUUCCUGUAAUGCAGCAUCGUCGGUUGUGUUUAUGACUCUAGUCAACACUUUACUUCGAAAUAAUUGUGAUAUUUCGGACGUGUGUGGGAGAGUAACACCAAAGUUAAAUCCGGAUGACGAGUACGACUUUAUAGUAGUAGGGGCAGGUGGUGGAGGGUCAGUAGUGGCUGGAAGGCUAAGUGAGAAUCCCAACUGGAAAGUUCUUCUCAUAGAACAGGGAGACGAUGAGCCUGUAGGAACUCAAGUGCCUAGUUUUGCCUACAAUUUGCUGGGAAAUACCGAAACAACCCUUUUCUAUCUCACAGAACCCCAAACACGCGCCUGCUUCGAAAACGCAAACAAUCAAUGUAACUAUGUUCGUGGAAAAAUACUCGGAGGGUGCGGGGUUGUAAAUGGAAUGACGUAUAUGCGUGGAGUACCGAGAGAUUACGAUCAUUGGGCCGAAUUGGGUAAUACCGGAUGGAGCUAUGAAGAUGUUCUCCCGUACUUUCGUAAAUCGGAAGACAAUGGCAACGUUGGUGUCUACACGAGUGAGGAAUAUCACGGCGUUGGAGGUCCGCUGAGCGUUGAGAGGUUUCCUCAUACACCUGAGAUAUGUCAUGAUAUUCUUGAAGCAGCCAGAUCCGUUGGAUUCGAAACUCCAAGUGACCUUAACUCGGACGUUAUAGAAGGAUUUACAAUUACGCAACACAUGAACAGGAAUGGGAUCCGUGACAGUCCAGCUCGGGCUUAUCUUCGUCCUGCAAGAUUCCGACCGAACCUUCACAUAAUGUUAAAUUCUACAGCCACAAAAAUUCAUUUUUCCGAAGAAAACGCAACAUCGGUGGCCAAAUCGGUGGAAUUUUCUUAUAACGGCAGACGUUACAAUGUCAACGUUACAAAGGAAGUAAUAGUAGCGGGUGGAACUGUCGGAUCUCCCCAGUUACUCCUUUUGUCCGGAAUCGGUCCAAAAGCUGAUUUAGAAGCUGUGAACGUCACUGUGGUUCGAGAUCUUCCAGGCGUAGGCCAGAAUUUUCUAAAUCACGCUUCGCUACUGAUACAAUUCAAUCUAAAAAAGGUUCAGAAUAUAAAUCUCUUGACUAUGGAAGCAUUAAACGAAUAUUUAGAGCAACGUACAGGUCCUAUGUCUUCUACAGGACUAGGACAGGUUGCUGCUCGAUUUUCAUCGUCUGUAAAUACGGAUGAAGACUGGCCGGACAUUCAGAUCUAUUUUAAUGGUUACGGUGCCAAUUGUACUUAUAAUUGUGGCGAGAGUGGUUUACCAAAUGAUCCCAACGAACCUAACAACACUAGGAGAAUUACCUUUCAAGUAACGUUAGUGAGACCGAAAAGCGAGGGUUAUAUGAAGUUGCGCUCAAAUGACCCUGCUGAUAGUCCGAUUCUACAACCCCUUUACUUAACCAACGACUACGAUGCCAAAGCUAUAGUUUCUGGAAUACGAAAGGCUAUUGAAGUGGCAACUUCCGACGUUUUAAAAGAAAAAUACGGCUCUGAACUGGUAGAGGGCCGAUACGGGAACUGCUCAGAUAUUUAUGGAUUUGGUACCGAUGAUUUUUGGGAUUGCGCGGUCAGGUAUGGUAUUAAUCCCGAAAGUCACAUGAUCGGAACGUGUAAAAUGGGCCCUCCGACCGAUAGGCUGGCCGUUGUUAAUCCUGAAUUGAAAGUUUACGGGACAUCCAAUGUAAGAGUUGCUGACGCAUCAGCUUUCCCGAGAGUUAUAGCUGGAAAUAUUCUUGCCACAGUUAUUCUUAUUGGCGAAAGGGCGGCCGAAAAUAUUAUAAAAGAUUGGUCGUAAAACAACUUUGUAACUAAAUAAAACAAACCAUAAUUGCUAUAAAAAAUAAACGUUAAAUAAGUCUGCCCCAUCGUAUUUUAUGAAUAAAAUGACCCCGUAAUACAAACCAACCGAAAAAGUUCUUCAUGGGGGAAUUGAAUGUCUGGAAACUCGGUUUUUGUUCAGAAAUCGAGGGUCAGAGUUCAAAAAUCGUAGUCUACUAAAAUUGCGCUUCAAGAAGUUUUUAACCAAACUUUAUAAUGUGAGCGAGAG